CACAACCAAAGGGUUGAGCUUUGAAGCCACUUUCCGAAACCCACACUCAAACUCUUUUGAGUACAAACUCCAAACUCUCUCUUUUUUCUCUCUCUAGAAAGAAAAUCAGAGAAAGUGAAACUGCGAUUUGAGUUGUGAUUUUAUUUUGAUUUUCUCGGGAAAAUCGCUAUGAAUGACGGUGGAGAAGGAGGCGAGGAAGGUGUGAAAAUGGAGGAAGUGAGGGGAGAGAAUUUAGUGUUCAUGUGGGGGUACCUGCCCGGAGCUUUGCCGCAGCGGUCUCCGCUGUUGUCGCCGGUGGCGGUUAGGCUUCCGCCGUCGAUUGGAGUCGGAAGCUUCUGGGAGGAUGUUUGCGGCGGCGGUUGUGGAUUCGCUAUGGCCCUUUCAGACUCUGGAAAGCUUAUUACGUGGGGUUCAACAGAUGAUCUUGGUCAAAGUUAUGUUACAUCUGGCAAGCAUGGGGAGAUGCCAGAGCCUUUUCCUCUUCCCACUGAAGAUUCAAUAGUGAAAGCUGCAGCUGGUUGGGCACAUUGUGUUGCAGUCACAGAGAAUGGAGAAGUCUACACGUGGGGGUGGAAAGAAUGUGUUCCCUCUGGCAAGGUCUUUGGAGAUCCGUCCACGGGGUUAAGCCCAGAGAAAGAUGUCUUUGAAAGACAGAAUUCGUUUUUGACAGAACAAGUGAGCCCUCGCUCCCAGGGAUCUAGAUCUACUGGUGGAACAGUGUCUGGUGUGGAUGGUAGAGGUGGUGGAGAGGAAAACGCAAAACGUAGACGAAUAUCAUCAGCUAAGCAAGCAGCUGAAAGUUCGUCUUCAGGUGAUGAACCUCUCUCAGCAUUGCCGUGUCUUGUGGCGCUGAACCCAGGAAUAAGGAUUGCCACAGUUGCCGCUGGUGGGCGUCACACAUUAGCAUUGUCAGUUUCAGAUAUGGGACAGGUGUGGGGUUGGGGUUAUGGAGGCGAGGGGCAGUUAGGUUUGGGCACCCGGAUACGUAUGGUGUCCUCACCACAUCCUGUGCCCUGCAUUGAAUCCUCUUCAUUUGGAAAAGAUAGAUCUGCGGCCCAUUCUCGAGGAAGCAUGAACUCAGAGGGACAGGGUUUUAGAGUUCCUGGAAACUAUGUGAAAGGAAUAGCCUGUGGAGGCCGACACAGUGCAGUAAUUACAGAUGCUGGAGCACUUCUUACUUUUGGCUGGGGACUCUAUGGACAGUGUGGGCAAGGUAGUACAGAUGAUGAACUAGUCCCUACUUGUGUCUCUUCUUUAUUGGGCAUCCGGAUAGAGGAUGUUGCUGCAGGACUCUGGCACACUGUCUGCAUUUCUGCUGAUGGCGAUGUGUAUGCAUUUGGUGGGAAUCAGUUUGGGCAAUUAGGAACCAGUGCCGAUCAAGCUGAGACCCUGCCCAGGCUUCUAGAUGCUCCAAGUUUGGAAAAUAUGCAUGCAAAAAUUGUCUCUUGUGGUGCUCGUCACAGUGCUGUAGUUACAGACGACGGCAAAGUGUUCUGCUGGGGAUGGAACAAGUAUGGCCAGCUUGGAUUGGGCGAUGUGAUUGACCGCAAUAUUCCUUCUCAAGUUUCAAUGGAUGGUUGUUCUGCAAAAAAUGUUGCAUGUGGUUGGUGGCACACACUUCUUCUUGCUGAAUCGCCCACUUGAUUCUUGAGGGCACCUUCCUUCUUGAGGGCUUGGACACAGUUUUGUUAGCAUUUACUUUUUCCACCACAAGAUAAUUCUGACAGGAAUUUGUGGCAUCUCGACGAGCGCCAUUACAUUGGCUUGAUUUCGUGUCCCACCUUAUUGCUGCGCCCUUUUGAAAGAGAUGUUUUUCAUGGUUGAAGGUAGUGGUUGAAUGUGUCGUGUAUGAUGAUGCGAAAGUUGAAUGCCUCGUGAUCUGAGUAAACAAGAAAAACUAGCAGGAAGGAUGUGAAUGUUAGGCUUAGUUUUUAGAAAUUUGUGUGUCUGAAUAUCAUGUUCGACGUUUAUAAUAUAACUUGCAUCACAUUACAGUAUGACACAGCAUAUACGUACGAAAAGGAUUUUUUUUUUUC